AUGCUUUCACAAAAAUCAGAAAGUGUUAAAGUCUUAAUACGUUGUCGUCCAUUUAAUCAAAAAGAAAUUGUCAAUCAUUCAAUAAAAUGUAUUGAUAUUCAACAAUUAAAUAAUAAAAAUCAUCAAUGUAGUAUUAAAUUAAUUAGUCCGAAAAGAUAUCGACGACGAAUAUCUCGAUUAUUUCGUUUUGAUGCGAUCUAUGAUGAAAAUCAACGAACAGAACAUAUAUUUCAAGAUUUUAUACAAUCAUUAGUAUGUGAUACAAUAUUACAUGGAUAUUCCGGUACUGUUUUUGCUUAUGGACAGACUGGAUCUGGAAAAUCAUGGACAAUGACAGGUUGUCCAUGUCAUUCUGAAUAUGGAUUAAUUUCAAAUGCAAUUGAUCAUGUAUUUAAUCUUGUACAAAAUCAAGUCAAUUUUGAACAAGAAUAUAUUAUUAAAUGUGCUUAUCUUGAAAUUUAUAAUGAAGAAUUACAUGAUUUACUUUUACCUCGUACAUCAUCAAAAUCAUAUUCACGUCUUGAAUUACGUGAAAAUCCUCGUUCAUCAGGUGUACAUAUAACUAAUUUAACAUGGAAAAAUGUUUCUUCGAUUGACGAAUGUUUAAAAUUUAAACGAUUAGGUGAUUUAGCUCGAACAAUGGGUUCAACACAAAUGAAUCGAGAUUCAUCAAGAUCACAUACAAUGUUUUCUCUUUCUAUUCAAUAUCAAAAUCAUAAUCAAACAAAUAUUUUUCGUCAAGGAAAAUUAAAUUUUGUUGAUCUUGCUGGUAGUGAACGUCAAAUAAAAACUGGUGCUAGUGGUCAACAAUUACUUGAAUCAGCAAAAAUAAAUCUAUCUCUAUCAGCAUUAAAUAAAGUUAUAUCAUCAUUAGUACAUACGAAUACAACACAUAUACCAUAUCGUGAUUCGAAAUUAACACGUCUUUUACAAGAUAGUAUUGGUGGUACUACUAAAACAAUUAUGAUUGCAUGUAUAUCACCAUCUGAAGAUAAUUAUGAUGAAACAUUAUGUACACUUCGUUAUGCAUCUCGAACAAAAAAUAUUCGUAAUACACCAAUUAUUAAUGAAAAUUCAUCCUAUGUACUUCUUCAACAAUAUGCUGAAGAAAUUCAACGAUUACGAGCUAUUAUUAAUUCUUCAAAUAGACAUAUGCAUUCUUUAUCACAUUCAAUGAUAUUAGAUGAUCAACAUUCAAUAAAAACAAUUUGUGAUCAUCAGAUAUCAUCUGAAAAUUCACCUAUACUAAAAUGUCAACGUACAGUAAGCUGUCAGACUAUGUCAAUUAGUACGGAUACUGUUAUUUCUUCAACACAAACAACAUAUGACCGAAAUAAUGAUCAAGAUUAUAAACAAAUUAUCUUAUUUUUUGAUGAAAAUCAACAUAGUUAUCAAUUACUUGCUUGGCAUUGCUGUCAAUUUACUUCGAAAACUAAUCAACAAUUAAUAAUUCUUGUUAAAGAAAAUAAAAAUGAAAAUCCAUGGUUAGGUACAUUGAUAACAACAAUAGAAAAUAAUCAAUUAUUAAUAUGGAAAAAUAAUCUAAAUCAUCGUCAACAUCAAUUAUAUUUAUCUGAACAAAUUGAUUCUCUCAUUACUCAUUUUAAAAUACAAAAAACAAUUGAUUCAAUACUUUGUAUCGUCGCUACUCUUGUUGUUCUUCUCUCCGUUUCGGCUUAUGCCGCUAAACCACUCUUACUUGGUUCAUUAUGUUUAAAUCAAGUAAACUGUUUUGUUAAUCCAUGUCGAGUUUCACGAUGUGCUGCACAUCCUACGGCUGUCUGCACUGCAAAUUAUUGUGGUGGUUGCAAUGCUGACUGGCAUGUUGAUGGUGAACAAGUUGAUUGUUCGGCUCCAGUUGCAGAAGUUGCUAGAGCUGUCGGAAAACCAUGUGUAAUGGUUAAUUGUUUUAUGGAUCCAUGUGGUUUAGCUACUUGCGCUAAACACCCUGGAGCUAAAUGCCGAGCCAAUUAUUGCGGUGGUUGCAAUGCUGUUUUUUAUAACGAUGCUCAACAACGUGUUCUAUGCAACUAA